AUGAAGCAGAAAAUCAUCAAUCCGUCCACCUCUGUGAACACUGCACCGCAUCCCGGUUCAACCGGUUACGAUUACACCAUGGGUCCGCAACAAACACUACCGGAUUUGCCAAAUUCUUCUGGAGCCGCUGCUGUGUCUGGAGCCAAUGGUGCUUCUACUGCUACUUCCGCAGCCAUGUCUCUGCCGUCCGUGUACAAUGGAUCGCUCCAUCCUCACGCCCACAAUCAGCACGUAUCGUUGGCCGCAUACGCCUUUCUGUUCCAAGAGCUUGUUUCCCAGGCUCGCAACGCUAGCAAAUCCGUCUCUGAGAUCGAAAUGCGACUGCACCGCAACGGCUACCACAUCGGCAUCAGACUGCUGGAAUUGCUGAAUUUUAGAAGCAGUGUAUCGCCCGGAUUUGGUUCUUCAUCGUCUUCUUCGUCCAAGGCGUUUUUCUCCAAAAACUCCAUCAACUCCUCAUCCAACACCCUGGCGCUCAACGGGGGCCUCACGGCCACCCAGGACGAGCCAUCCCUGGCCCAGGGUAUCUCUAAUAUGAAACGCCGCGACUUGAAACCCGUGGAAAUUCUUCAAUUCAUUCACAGCACUGUAUGGACCUAUCUUUUUGGCCGUGUCAGUGACGACCUGGUCAAAUCUUCCGAACGCGACAAUGAGUAUAUGCUGGUCGAUUCAGCUCCCAUGUUGUCACAAUUCAUAAGCUCUACCAACGUUCAGUGCGAUUUUUUCGUGUGCGGUAUCAUAGAAGGCAUCUUGGAUUCUGCUAGUUUCCCUUGUAAUGUUACAGUUCAUUCAGUCCCAGAACCCAACUCUGAGCAAAAAGUUGUAUUUGUGGUGCGAUUCGAACAGCAGGUACUUGAACGAGAGGCACUGCGAGCAUAG